CCCGACCGGCGCCGCCUCUGCCCCCUCGCGGCCGCGCCUGCCUGCACGGGAAGCGGGAAGCGGCGGCGGCGGCGGCGGCGGCGGGAGCCCGGCCUGCGAGCGCGCGGCCCGGCGUGCAGGUGAGGGCGCCGCGCGGGCCGUGCCACCGGUCACCGGUGUCUUCCGGCCUCACCCCCCAGGGUGGCCGACAUGACGGCCGCGGAGCGCAGCCCCCUGGAGCCGCUUCUGGAGACUUGGGAGGACCCGGCGGCGUCCCCCGGAGAGCACACGGACGCCUACCUGACCCUGACCAGUCGAAUGACUGGAGAAAAAGGAAAAGAAGUCAUUACAGAGAUUGAGAAAAAUCUUCCUCGACUGUACACAGUUUUAAAGGCUCACAUUUCCAGUCAGAAUGCAGAACUGAGUAGUGCUGCUCUGCAGGCCUUAGGAUUUUGUUUAUAUAAUCCCAAAGUUACCUCAGGAUUAUCAGAGGCAAAUAUUCAAGAACUGCUUUUAACCUUAAAUGGUAUCAUUAAGAAUUCAGACAAAAAUGUGUGUACCAGAGCACUGUGGGUAAUAUCAAAACAGACAUUUCCUGCUGAACUUAUUAGCAAAAUGGUAUCCAGUAUUAUUGAUUCCUUGGAAGUGAUACUAAGUAAAGGAGAGAACCAUUCUGCUGUUGUUGAUUUUGAAGCAUUAAAUGUCAUUAUAAGGCUAAUUGAACAAGCCCCAAUUCAAAUGGGAGAAGAAUCUGUGAGGUGGGCCAAACUGGUUAUACCGUUAGUUGUUCACUCAGCACAGAAGGUACAUUUGCGGGGAGCUACUGUUCUGGAGAUGGGGAUGCCAUUGCUGCUUCAGAAACAGCAAGAGAUAGCCAUGAUUGCUGAGCACCUUAUGAGUACUAAAUUAAUCUCGGAACUCCAAAAGUUAUUUAUGAGUAAAAAUGAGACCUACGUGUUAAAAUUAUGGCCUUUGUUUGUCAAACUUCUUGGAAAGAACUUGCACCGAAGUGGGAGUUUUAUCAAUUCUUUGUUACAGCUGGAAGAACUAGGUUUCCGUAGUGGAACACCCAUGAUCAAAAAGAUAGCUUUCAUUGCUUGGAAAAGCUUAAUAGAUAAUUUUGCUUUAAACCCAGAUAUACUUUGUAGUGCAAAAAGACUCAAGUUGCUAAUGCAGCCUUUGAGUUCCAUCCAUGUGAGAACAGAAACAUUAGCAUUAACAAAACUAGAAGUCUGGUGGUAUUUACUGAUGAGACUUGGACCUCAGCUCCCUGCCAAUUUUGAACAGGUUUGUGUGCCUUUGAUUCAGAGUACAAUAAGUGUUGAUAGUAUUGCUUCACCUCAAGGCAGCACAUCCCGAGGGUCUACUUCUCCUGGCUUAAGUCCACUCACUCCUGGACAUAAAGGUGCUUCUCCUUAUGGAGUUCCUGCAACUCCUCGGGUGAACAUGAAUUCAUAUACAGGUGGAAUGGCUACAAUCCCUUCUAUUCAGCUUUUGGGACUGGAAAUGAUGCUUCAUUUUUUGUUGGGUCCGGAAGUCUUGAGUUUUGCCAAGCAAAACAAGCUUGUGUUGAGCUUAGAGCCACUGGAACACCCGCUAAUCAGCAGCCCUUCUUUCUUCUCCAAGCAUGCACAUACACUUAUCACUGCUGUUCAUGAUAGCUUUGUUGCAGUUGGAAGAGAUGCCUCAGAUGCAGUAGUCAGUGCUAUCUGGAAGGAGCUGAUUAGCUUGGUGAAGUCAGUGACUGAAUCAGGAAACAGAAAAGAAAGAUCAGGUUCUGAAGUUUUGACCCUUGUACUGAAAUCUUUGGAAAGUAUAGUGAACUCAGAAGUAUUUCCUGUAUCAAAAACACUGGUCCUCAUGGAAAUUACAGUUAAAGGACUUCCUCAGAAAGUAUUAGGUUCACCAGCAUAUCAGGGAACUCCAGCAUUGUUCUUAAUCCAGUUAAUUUUCAACAACAGUCUUUUGGAAUGUGGUGUAGCAGAUGAAAAGUUUUUUCUCAAUCUGGAAACACUUGUAGGCUGUGUGCUUUCUGGUCCGACUUCACCACUGGCUUUUAGUGAUUCUGUACUAACUGUGAUUAAUCAGAAUGCAAAGCAGUUGUCAAAUAAGGAGCAUCUGUGGAGAAUGUGGAGUAUCAUAGUCACGCCACUGACUGAUGUGAUUCAUCGGACCAAUGAAGUGAAUCAAGGUGACGCCUUAGAACAUAAUUUUAGUGCCAUCUAUGGUGCAUUGACUUUACCAGUAAACCAUAUUUUUUCAGCUCAGACAUUUCCUAUGGCUACCAUGAAAACUUUACUUAAAACUUGGUCAGAAUUGUAUAGAGCAUUUGCUCGCUGCGCUGCUUUGGUGGCAACGGCAGAAGAAAAUUUGUGCUGUGAAGAACUUUCUUCUAAAAUAAUGUGCAAUUUGGAAGAUGAAUCCCUUUCAGAUUUGCUAUUCUUGGACAGGAUCUGUCAUAUUAUUAUUGUAAUGGUUGAUUGUAUCGACUUUUCACCAUAUAAUAUUAAAUAUCAGCCCAAAAUCAAAUCACCACAGAGAUCUUCAGACUGGUCCAGAAAGAAGAAGGAGCCCCUAGGGAAAUUGACUUCUUUAUUUAAGCUAAUUGUGAGAGUGAUCAAUUCUUUCCACACUCUGAGCCUCAAGGAAACACAUUCUGAUACACUGCUUGCUAUUGGUAACUCUAUCAUCAGCAUGCUUUCCAAUAUAUUUGGACAUAUUUCCUUGCCUUCUAUGAUCCGAGAAAUAUUUUCAAUUUUUACAAGACCUCUGGCUUUACUGUAUGAAAACUCAAAGCUUGAUGAGGUUCCAAAAGUGUAUAAUAGCCUGAACCACAAGUUAGAAAAGCUAUUAGGAGAAAUUGUUGCCUGUCUACAGUUGAACUACCCUGGAUCCUAUGACAGUGAACUUCUUGGACAACUCUCUCCACUCCUGUGCAUAGUUUUUCUUCACAAGAAUAAACAGAUUCGGAAACAGAGUGCCAUGUUGUGGAAUGCUACAUUUGCUAAAGCGACAGCUCUCGUUUAUCCCGAGGAAUUAAAACCAAUAUUAAGACAAGCAAAACAAAAAAUUUUGCUUCUGUUGCCUGGUUUGGAAAGUGUUGAAAUGAUGGAUGAAUCCAGUGGACCAUAUUCAGAUGCAACAGAAAAUUCACAAUUAAAUGUCAAGAUAAGUGGCAUGGAAAGAAAAUCAAGUGGGAAGAGAGACUCCAUUUUGGCACAUACAAAGGAUAAAAAAGAAAAUGUGAAACUGUCGGCCAAACUGAAACUAGAAUCUUCAUCUCCAAAAAUAAAGAGUGGUAAGCUUUUGGAAGAGGAAAAGUCAACUGACUUUGUGUUCAUACCUCCAGAAGGAAAAGAGGCUAAGGCAAGGAUUCUGACUGAGCACCAGAAAGAAGUACUCAAGACAAAACGGUGUGAUAUUCCUGCAUUGUAUAAUAAUCUGGAUGUUUCACAAGACACCUUAUUUUCUGCUCAGUUUAGUCAAGAAGAAUCAAUGGAAAGCCUCACUUUAACUGAAAAACCGAAAGAAGAUGCCAAGAUAAUUAAGGAAGAGAAAAUGGAGAAUGCCAUUUUCAUCAAUCAAGAUGCCCCGGAAAACUGUGGUAUGGAUAAGCAUUCUAAAAAGGCUUCUUUACCAAAUGACUAUGGUUCUGUUGCUGAAACCAAUCCAGAAGCGCUGAACACUGGUUUUGAUGCUAGAAAAGACAUGUUAAUUUCAUCAAAGAUGUCAACUGAAUGUUCAUCUAGUACCGAAACUUCACUGCCAGUCAGCAGUAGUUCAGCUUCUAAUGCCACUGUUUCUGGAACUUCUCCACAGCCUACGAGUAGGAGACAAACUUUUAUUACUUUGGAGAAAUUUGAUGGUUCAGAAAAUAGACCUUUUAGCCCAUCCCCUUUGAAUAACAUGUCAUCCACUGUUACAGUGAGAAAUAACCAGGAAAACACAACUAAAACUGAUUUGCCACCUAAAGCAAGGAAAAGAGAAGUGACUAACUCAAAAUCUGAUUCAGAAAAGUUAGUGAAUGGAGGUAAGAAAUCAGGCCGGAGAUGGAAUAAAGCUGAGCAGUCAGUUAAUAAAAAGUCUAAACCUUCGCUGAGAUCUGAUCAGGAAGAACAUUCAUUAGAAAAUAGCCCUACUGAUUUGCUCAGUCAGGCAGAACAUGUGUCAGAAAAUUAUGAGCAACCUUCUGAAAUUACACCAGAGCAUGAAGAUAGAGAUUCUAAACCAACAGUAGAAAGUGCGUCUUUGGAAGACUCGACUACAGAAGAGAAAAACAUAGGCAUUAAUAUGGAAUCUAAAGAAAAUACGCUCCCAGUUGCAGCAGCAGCAGCACAUCAAAUAGUAAGUGAAGACAAUCAAGCUGCAGUAGCUCCAAAUCUAAAAACACUCAGAAGGUCUUCAAGGCGGCGUUCAGAAGUAGUGGAGUCUUUCACUGACAGCCAAGAUAAAGAAAAUGGUCAACAAAAAAAGGAUAGACGGAAAGAAGAAGAAAAACCAGUUUCAAAGAGUCUGUUGCAUAUAAAAGAUGACAAGUUGCCCAAGCAGAAGGUAAUUGCUGAGACAUCUGUACAGGAAAAUUUAACUGAAAAUAGUUUACAUGAGAAAAUGUUAGGGGAACCCACUGGUAAUACUGAAAUUGACCAAAAGAAAAGAAAACCAGAUCUUGAGAAUGUUAGUUCUGAGGGAGGCAGUACUCAGGACAAUAUAAGUAAGUCAUCUGAGAAACCUCUAAGAGGACGGACACGUUAUCAAACAAGAAGAGCAUCUCGUGGUUUGAUUUCUAGUGUUGAAAACUCAGAAUCUGAUAGUUCUGAGGCAAAGGAAGAAGUUUCUAAAAAGAAACGAUCUGGGAAAUGGAAAAAUAAAAGCAAUGAUAGUGUUGACAUUGAAGAACAAGAAAAAUUGGUUGAAGAUGAAUGUAUAAAAACUGCAAGUCAGACACAUGAUGGUCAACCUGUUCCUGAAGUAGAUACAGAUGCAAUGACUCAGAUUUGUGAAAAAAGUACAAAUGAUAAUAGGGUAAUCCUUCAGGAUUCUGGGUCUUCAGAUUCACUGCAAGUUUCUGAUAUGCCAGUUACAGGUGAGGACAAAAGUAAGACUAGCAAAUGUGUAGACAGUUCAUUUUCAAGUCUGCCUGUGCCAGAAACAAAUCUCAGAACUAGGAAUGCCAGUAAGAGAUUACAUAAGCGGGAUGCUGAUAGCAAUGUGAGAGAAUGCUUAAAAACUGGGACACCAGACAUCUCUGUCUCUCCUGAAAAAUGCUCCCAAGGAGUUGAGUGCCAACACAAGAGAAGCAGGAGAGUCAGGAGAUCUAAAAGUUGUGACUGCUGUGGGGGGAAAUCACUGGAAAGGUCCUUUACUGGGAUAAAAAACACAGAAAAUUCUGCUAUAAAUACCACAGAGACAAAUAAGACAGAUAUGCAAGCACCUGAGACUGUAUCUGAAACCUGUGAAGCUAGUGAACACGCUGAACCAAAGUUGGUAGAUGUACAGCCUAUUGUGAAUUUUCACUUGGGCCUUAAAGAAGAGAAUGAUGCUACUGAUGACUUAAUUAAGUGUGAAACUGAAUUGGAAGAAGAGAGUCAAAAUUCUCUUCCAUCUGAAGUAGUAAAUAUGAAAGAAACUUACGAUGCUGUUACUAGUGAAGCAGUAUCUAAAAUCCAAGAGCCAUGUAAUGAAAAAUACAGUGCUGCCGAGGAACCAUGCUUAGGUGAUUCCAAGGACAUUUCACAGAAAUAUCUUGUAGAUAACAAAGUAGAAGGUCCAGAAUCUGUUCUGAAAAGAGAGUCUGACAUCAGCGAUGUAGGGAGGGUAUGCAAAGUAACACCUGGAUCUAGUCCAGAGAGAGUUGAAAGUAUGGAAUUAGAUGUAGGAAAUGACACAUUUGGAGAUGCCAUCUCUGAAGAGAAAAGUACCCAAAUGGAUAUUUCUGUAGAUGUGUCAACAGAGGAAGAUAAUAAAAAAGAUGAAUUUGAAGCAGUCACAAGUGAAGUGAAUGCUGAACGCCUAGCCACUGAGGACUCUAAUUCUGGUAUGGGUCAUCCUGAUAAUACCAUAUUUGUAAGCAAGAAUGUUCAGACCGAGCAUCCAGCAAGUGGGGAAUUAGAAGGGAAUGGCAAUGAGUCUGAUUCAGAAUCGUGUGAGGAAUUGAACAAAGACAUGGAAAGUGACAGAGCAGGAAUAGUAGCUCAGGUGAAGACUGAAAUUGACAGUGCCAGGGAAAAGGAUAGGGACAUGAUUGCUAGCACCUCUAAAUCUGAAGAAGCACCGAUCAGAAGACAAGAUGUCAACACAGAGAAUUUUGUCAGUGACACAGUUGAAAUGAAUAUGGAAGAAGGAACUGUUGAUUACAAAACUGAAGCAAACAUUGGAUUUGAAACAAAAUGUGGCAGUCAAACUGCAGUGGGAAAUGAUGCUCUGCAGGAAGUUUGCCUUCCUUCAGAGAAAGCGGAAGAACUACCACAGUCUCUGAUACCCGAAGUGGCUUCUGAACUGGUAGCAGAAAGCAAUAAUGCAUCUCCUGAAAAAUUAAGAGAGCUGGAUUCCUCAUUUGGAUCAGCAAAUGAAAGUCCUAGUGGUAUGCAGGCACGCUGUGUCUGGUCACCUUUGGCUUCCCCAUCUACAAGCAUUUUAAAGAGAGGACUAAAAAGAUCCCAAGAAGAGGAGAUUUCAUCACCUGUUAACAAGGUUAGACGUGUCUCAUUUGCAGAUCCAAUAUAUCAAGCAGGAUUGGCAGAUGACAUUGAUAGGCGCUGCUCUGUUGUUAGGUCUCAUUCUUCAAAUAGCUCUCCCAUAAUAAAAAGUGUUAAAACUUCACCUACUUCACACUCUAAGCAUAAUACCACUACAACCAAAGGAUUUCUGUCCCCAGGAUCACAGAGCUCUAAGUUUAAGAGCUCAAAGAAGUGUUUAAUUACAGAAAUGGCCAAAGAAUCAAUGCUAUCCCCAACAGAAAGCGUUUACCCAGCUUUGGUGAACUGUGCAGCAUCAGUCGACAUUAUUUUACCUCAAAUUACAUCAAACAUGUGGGCAAGAGGUCUAGGACAGUUAAUCAGAGCCAAGAAUAUAAAAACAAUCGGCGAUUUGAGUACGCUUACGGCAUCUGAGAUAAAAACUCUUCCUAUUCGCUCUCCAAAGGUGUUUAAUGUCAAAAAGGCUCUCAGAGUGUACCAUGAGCAACAGAUGAAAUCUCGUGGACUUGAAGAGAUUCCAGUUUUUGAUAUUUCUGAGAAGGCGGUAAAUGGAGCAGAGAGCAAGACCCUCUCCACUGAUGAAGAAAGGCUUGCCUCAGAUUUGAUUGAUCCUGUGACUUUAGAUAACCCAUUGUCUAAAAAUCUUGUGGCACAAAUUAGUGCUCUUGCUCUUCAGCUGGAUUCAGAAGACCUCUACAGUUACUCUGGAAGCCAGCUAUUUGAAAUGCAUGAGAAACUUGGUACCAUGGCAAACUCUAUAAUAAGAAAUCUACAGUCACGCUGGAGAUCAUGCCCAUGAAGAUUCUUAGUAUUGUAAGAGAAAUGUAAAGUUUUUUCACCAGAUUUUAUUUUUUGGUUUUUAGAAAAAUCUGCACCAUUUAAAGAGGAAACUUUGUAAAGUUGAUAAAAUAAUCAAACCCUAAACGGCAAUGAAUUACUAGGUCAGUUUUAUACAUUCGUUAAUGAAGAUCUUUUCCCUCCUGUAUUUUCUUGGCCAGUACAUAGUUUUUAAAGAGAUUUAAAUGUUACUGAAACUUGAAAGCAAACGAAAUAUACAUACUUUUUUUUUUUAUACUUCAACUCAUGCAUAUUUUGGUGUAGCUCAUACAAAUUAUUUUAAUUAAGAUAGAAAAGUUUUAUUUACACUAUAUUGAAUUGAUAGAGGUGUUUAUACUCUUUGAAAGUAUUUAUAUUUGUUGUGCCUGGUGCAACACCUGUACUGAGAUACAGAAGAAUGAGAGCAUUUCCUGAAGGUGACAGCUGUAGAGAACUUCUGAGAGAAAUACCAAAUUUCAACUUGUUGGGCGCUAAAAAAAUAAUGCUUAAUUCACUGAGAUUCCAUUCAUUUGGCAUUGACAAGUAUUUAUGCAGCAGCAUUUGCCUGUGAAAAUGUGCUCUUAUGAGGUAUAGUGUUCACUCUUAAAUGCAUGACUGUUUGUACAUUAUGUAUAAAAGGAUGUUUUUUAAUUUAUAAAGUUCAGCCUUCAUUAAUUGCAUGAGUUUUUUCUGCAGCUUCUUGUGAAUAUGAUUGUUUUGUUUAAUAGAAAUAUUUGUAUAUAUUUAAUAUUAAAAUAUCCAUAUGGAUAGUAAAAGUAGUUCAUGGACUUAUUAUGGAUAUUUGUAGGAGUCAAUCUACAAAUAAAGCAACAGAUAGUUUUGUAUUUAGUUAAAACAUGAGUUUAUUUUCUAAAGUGUCCAGAAUAAUUAAAAUUAUUGGAACCAGAAAAUGUUACAUGCUGCAACCUUUUUUUUUUUUUCCUUUUUGUUUUUCUUUUGGUUUGGAAGAGGAUUCCAGCCAUUAGAAAAUGUGCCUCAUAUGUUUCUUCUUAAUGGAGAGUUAGCCUGGGUAUUUUCAUUGCAGGUUGUACUAUAAAACGUCUGUAGAGAUACCUGAUUUUUCACAUACAUUGAAAACUAAACUUGAAGUUGGAAACUGCCCUUUUAAAAUGUAUGUUUGUCUAGUUAAAAACACAGGAUAUAUAAUUAAACCAUUUGUAAAUUUUACCAAGUAGUUAGUAUUUGACUUCACAUAUUUGUUUUGUGUGUUUGUUGUUUUGUUUUGUGAUAAGGUCUCUAUAUAUUUCCAGGCUGGUUUUGAGCUUUUAUGAUCCUCCUGGAUUCAGAGUUCUAGGAUUGCAGGUAUUUUGCCACUAUGCCUGGCUGUGUUUUAUGUUUUCCCAAAAGACAGAUUUUGUUUCAUUUCUGAAUAAAAGUCAGUCAGUGAUCUUCAUUUCAAAGUUAGUUUAUUCCCUGCUUAAAAAGACAAAGCAGUUGUAAAGCUAGUUCCUUUUGUGGUUUUGUAGUUUUUCCAGCAGUGAUAAUAUGUGCUGUCCCUAGGAAAGGAAGUUGGUAUCAUUUUUCAUAAUCAUAGUUCAUUACAGAUAUUUUUGGAACUAAAUAUAUUUAUCUACAGAGGGUCCUAAGAAUUCUGGAUUUGUUAGACUAAAGACUUAGGUAGGAGUCAAUGACUAAUGAGAAAAACACUAGUUUUUAAAAACAUUAAUAAUCAUGGUUUGCAUUGACUGUAGCUCUAAGUAUUGGGAUGUGUAUGAAUAUUCAGUGAGCAGGAAUGAUGAGUCAGGAUUAUGUGGGGGUGAAUGAGUGUUCAUUGUACAAACUGCAUUCUUUAUCUCUUGUCUACUCACUUGUUGGCACAGCAAAGUUCUUAGGAAGCUCAGAGUUUAGCAGGACCAGAACAGUUCGCUUAAAUUUCUGAAUUUAAUAAAAGCACAGGUCUUAGUGAAGUCACAGUUCAAUGAGGCUGUGUUUUAAAAUAUAAUUGAUACUAUAGGUCAGCUUAUUGAAUCUUUAUUAUUCUUAAGGUUAUAGAAAAGUAGGGCUGAGUCACCUUCAGUAUUUCUGGCCUAACUUUUUUUUUUUUUUCUCCAAACUUUUAUGUCAGUAUUUCUGAGUUGACUACAAUGUGUCAUUUACUAUUACAUGGAAUUCCCCCUUUUCUCAGAUCUUUUCUAAUUUUUUUUAAGCAUGUUGCAUUCAAAUGUGCUGCCUUAAUUGUUGUAUGUUUUUAAACAAAAAUUAUAGAGUUGGAAUAUAGUGCUUUCCAACAAACCUGUUUAUGGCUUCAGUUCCAUCCCUGAGUUCCAUGUGGUGGAAGGAGAGUGGUCCUUUGACCUCUGUAUGUACAUAGUGCACACACGUGCAUAGAUACACAAAUAAUAUGUAAUUAAAAAAUUUUUUCUGUUCAUGAGUGUUUUGCCUGAAUGUAGAUAUAUGUGUACCAUGUACAUGCCUGGUUCAGUAACAACAUUCAGAGUUAUAGACAGGUGUGAGCUACCUUGAGGGUACUGGAAUCAAACCGAAGUCUUCUGAAAGAACAGAAAGGGCUGUUAACUGCUAAGCCAUCUUAAUCUUUUUCUUCUUUUUUAAGAAGCUAUAAAUUGUAUAAUUUUUCAUGUCUAUGAAUGUGGAUUUUCAUGUUCAAACUUAGUUUAUUACUAAAGAUGUCCUUUUGUUUCAGCAAGUUAAACUAUUCCUGAGACUGCAGGAUCUUUCAUUGCAUUUCAAAUAGUGGGUGAUGAGUCCAAUUAAUCAGUUUGUCAAUGGAAUUUAAAUCUAAAGAUUGUAGACACAGUUGUCAAAUGACAUUGCUUUAGGACUCUGUUUUUUGGUACAACUCAAAGUUAGCCAGAAAUUUACUCACAUAUUUAAGGGUCAUUAGAAUGUCAGUCAUGUUAAUAAUUGUAUGCUGAAUAUGGUGGCUUGUUACCUGUAAUUCCAGUACCUGGGAGGCUGAGGAAGAUAAUUCCUUUGUGCUAAGUCUAACCUGGUCUACAGUAUAAGAACCUGUUUAAAACCCAAAAAUCUGGGGGGAAGCAAGUCUUGAUAUAUACAUGCAUCGAUGUUAAGUUCUGCAAAUAUUAGUUGAAAGAUUUUGUUUGGUUUAAGAUAAAGUUAUUAAAAUAAUAAAGUUGAUUCUGAAAUCGAUGGAAA